AUGCCUGCCAUUAGAACAGAGACCAGGAUCUCCAAGGCCACUGGAGAUGCCACCUCUUACCACCUUGACAGAUCCAGUGAGCACAGGACCAAGUUCCCUUGGUCCCAGGACAACCUGGAUCAAUGGGCACCCCCAGAUCCAUCCAUGGGCUGGGACAUGGGGAAUGAUCAAACCCCUAUCACCAACAUCUAUGAAUGGCAUAAGGUCAUCACAAGAUGUGACUCCUUCCAACAAUCCAAGGCUUAUGCCAAACUACUUGAUCCCUCAGCAACCCUUGAUUACAUACCAAUGGGUCAACAAUGGAAGUGCUACUGGAUUGGAAGAACCCUAUGCUGUCCAAUCAGGGGAUACCUCCGCUGGGUUGGCAGUGAGCCACCAAAACAACCCAAACUAAUGCAAAGUACCAAGUUCUUUGUGUGUAGAGGUAAUGUGGGUGCCUCUGUGGAAGAUGUAGUGAGGGCCCCAGUGCUAAAGCACACAAGGAAGUUGGCAGAAUGGCAUCUAGACAUUGAGGAAAUUGAUCCUGAAUGGUGGAUACCAAUCUCAACAGUAAGGGAAUGGCUGGCUGCGGAAAUUGAAAACUGGAAGAACAAACUGCCAUCAGGCUUAGGUGGCUAUGUGGACAACCUCACUCCUGAGGAUGUCUAUUACAUGAUCCUAGAACGCAAAAUGAGCAUAGAGGAUCUACAUGACUGGCUCAAACAAUGGGCCAUGCAAGCAGCUCAGAAUGACCUGAGCAGAAGUAUAUCCAACUUAGCAAUCCAUGAACCAAGUGAUGAAGGAGGACAUGAGUCUGACCUUGAAAGUAACAAGGCCAUGAACAAAUGGAAUCCCUUGGAUUAUGCUGAUGGAAUGUGGUGA